AUGGCAAACGAAGCCAUACGGCAGCGGAAGCCAAGGAACGUCUUCGUUUUAGCGGUGGAGAAACCUUUGGCCCAGGCUAAACUGGAAGAGUUGAAUAAAACAAAACAUAAGAUGAGCGUUCUAGAAGAGGCUUAUCUGGUGCCUUUGCUGUUAUGUCAAUAUCCCUUUGACAACUGGGCUGUCAAAAACAACUGUGAGGAGGGGAAGAAAGUAAAAAUAAAUGCUAAGCUUCAUGAUGGAGUGUGUCAGCAUUGCAAAGGUAUCUUGGAGUGGCGGGUAAAAUUCAGCAAGUACAAACUACUAUCAAAACCUAAAAAAUGUGUGAAGUGCCUCCAGAAGACUGUAAAAGAUCCUUACCAUAUUAUUUGUCGACCAUGUGCUGGUAAACUAGAAGUUUGUGCUAAAUGUGGAAAAGAAGAAGAAAUAGUAAUUCCGAUUGAUAAAGGACAAGACAGAACUGAGUGUAUGACUAUUAAAAAUGGCCAAAAGAGCAGUGGCUUGGAGGAUGAGCUGGAUUUUGAUACAAACUUCAGUAGCACAGACAGUGAUGAAGAUUCUGAUGUGCUUGAAGAACGAUUUAAAAGUAUGAAUUUUGAAAGGACAGAGAUCUAA